GUUUAUAAGGCAAGAAUGGUCAAGUGAGUGAGGAAGAGGAACGCAUCCGACACGCUGUUGACAAGCCUUCUUUAAGAGGCGCAUCCAUGGAGAAUGAACAGAGCGACUAACUUUGUCAUACAGAUAGAAAGAUUUCACAGGAUGCAGAGUUAAGUAGACGAAUACCGCUUGGUUGAAAACACAGAAGAAAAGCCUAAAAACUUCUAUCGCAACUGAAGAGGUUUCAGGAUAUUUCGGAAUCAUUAGAGCUUCAGAGGACAAGAACCUAAAAGAACACAUCAGCAGACUUUUAAUGCCCUCAGCAACAUCUCUUACAGAACACCGAAGGUUUCGAGAACUGAGUUGAGCAUGAGAAGAAACAACAACAGUUUGAGAACCUGAACAGCAGAAAUCGUCUUGGGACAGAAUCCCGAAGCAACGUUCAAGAACUUCCCAAGAAAGUCAAUCCACUCUCAGUGACAACAGCUAUUCUGCUCUUCUUUUCAAGUGCUCAGUAACAGCCGCCAUGCUUUACAGUGCAGCAGCGCUAGUGUCUUUGAUGCAAGUAGCCCUGACGAUGCUGGUGAUAGUUGGGAUGGGAGUGGAGGCGGCCCCCACUGACAGAGGCUUUGUGAAACCUCCACAUCCUCAUCCCGGCCUCACUCAUGCAUCUGCCACACCAGAGAAGUCCUCAGCACUAAAUCCAAGCCAGCACCUUAAACACUGGCCUCCGAGUUCCAAAGCAGCCGGAGUGAGUAGGACGACAAGAAUCGCUGACAGAACCACCUCAAGGACUAUCACUGUGGGCGUCAGAGCAGAACGACUCAGGCUGAACCCUAAACCCGCCGGUCCAGAUAAACGAGCUCAGCUGCUGAAGAUGAUCUCGGCCCUGGAGGAGCUGCACAGGACAUUUAACAGCACGCUGAGCUCACGCAUCGCCAUCAGGCCACGAGCAAGCGGCAGAAAUUCAGCGAAAAAAACAAUAGUGCUUCCUGCUGCCGAAGGCGGGGUGAAGCCCACCACUGAGACCCCAGCAGCAGUCGACAGCACAGCGUCCAGGGCGAGUGCGGAUGCUAACGCCCCAAGUCUGACUGGUCGAAACUUUAAGAAGUCCCUACCGCCGCAGACCAAGAAGACCAACAAAAGAGUGUGUUUCUGGAAAUACUGCUCCCAGAACUGAUCGUCUCUCAGCCACUGCUGCUUUCGCUCCAUGCUCUUUUCUUCCUCCGUCCAUCCAUCAUCUAUCCAUCCAUCCAUCCUCUGCCCUGGCUCCUUUCGGACCUCCGAGUGCUAGGAGACCGUUGCCGAGACAUCAGGAAGCCCCCCCACACCGGCGCCAACCUUGACUCUGACCUUUUCGUUCACUCAUUAAUUAACAAGACUGGCCAAUGAAUGAAGACGAUGUGUGCUCACGGCCAGGCGCAUGAACAAACAUUCCUGUUAACACUUUGUUUUCCUUACGAGACAGACACACGUCAUUUUUGUAUGUGUGCGCCAACUUUAAAAUAAACUACAAAAACCCCACUGUGACAAUAAAGAUUGAUAUUUUAUUUUUAUACAGCUGCACUCUCUUUAGUUGUUCAUUGUGCAGCCAUUUAUAUCUACAUAUGGAGUCCACCAUUCUGUUCCUACGGUAGCCCAAAAUGGACAAACCAAACACUGGCUCUAGAUGUGGCGCUGCUGUGCUGCUGGGUCUAACCCAGAAAACCCUCUGGCUGUGAGGUGACAGUGCUAACCACUGCCCCACCAUGCCCUCCAUGUCUUCCACUAGAACUCUAUAAUUAUACUAUUUGAAGUGUGACUUUACCCAGUGUUAUUAGUUCACAGUGCAACAAUAUGAACAGAGGGACAUUCCUUUGGAUGUUUCCGUAGUAACUCAGCUGUGUGUGUUUGCUGUCUGGGUGUGCAAACUGUGGGUCAUUACAUUCAGAGAGUUUCCAACAAGGCCACUAUCACUGUCGCCCAGGCGAUGAGUGUGUGUGUCUGCACAUGCUCGACUGUCUACCUGUGUGCAUGUGUUAAAUCUACUGAGUUCUGCACAUGCAGUUAUUAGGGGCCGGGCAGCCUAAGCUCUAAAGUUCAACAUUUUGAAAAUUCACAACAAAUCAACCAUAUGUGCUACAGAUUUGCACCUAUUAUUAAACCUAUUAAAAAUUAUGAAGUCCAUCACUGAUUUUUUUUUUUACAGCAUUUUGAAUUUCAC